AUGACAAUACAACAUCCAUUUUCAAAAGAUAUUAUUGACUCAUUGAUAGAGUAUUAUCAUCAGAAGAAGUAUGUUGGUGAAGCUCGUAGUGAAAGUUUAUAUGUGAAGGGUGGAAGAGAAUGUGAAAGUUUGAAAGAGAAAGGAUCAUUAGGAGAUGAGAAGAGCCAAUUCAAGUCAUAGACAAAUUUGUUAGAAAACUAAAUUUAUCACAAUUGUCAUGAGAAGGGACACUUGCGAAGAGAUUAUCUAAAGAACUAAAGUGAUAAAACAAUAAAAGGUGAAUCUAGUUCAGCUAAUGUUGUGAAGGUUGAGGACAGAGAAGACAGUGAAAUCUAUUCUGAACUUGUUGUAGUUGAAGAAUUGUCGUAUAUAUGAAUUAUUGAUAUCGGUUGUUCUUAUCAUAUGUGUCCUAAUGUUGAUUGGUUUGACUCAUAUAGAAAUUAUUUUUAUGAGAAAUAAUACAGCUUGCAAAGUUGUAUGCAUUGAUUUGGUGAAGGUUUAGAUAGUAGACAGAGUGGUUUGAGAACUUGAAAAUAUUCAUCAUGUUCUAAUAUUGCAUCAAAAUUUGAUUUCACUUAGAGUAUUGGAGGCAAAUGAAUGUUGCUUCAAAGAAGAGAAUGAGAUCCUCAAGAUUAUAAAGAGAUUGCUUAUUGUGAUAAAGGGAAGACGUCAACAAAUGAAUAUUUAUAAACUUACAACAAGUAUUGUUAUAGGUGGAGCUUAUAUUACAACACCGGAUGAUUCCAUGAUUAAUGACACACUUUUAUGACAUUUGCAAUUGAGUCAUAUGAGUGAGAUAGAUAUGUAGAAAUUAAAUACAUGAGAACUAUUACCUAGUGUAAGAACUUACAAAUUCAAAUUUUUAUAAGUACUAUAUUAUGAGAAAAUAAUGUAGAGUGACAUUCAAGAUAGUAAAACAUGAUAUAGGUGGUGUACUAAAUUAUGUUCAUUCAGAUAUGUGUGAUCCGAUUGAUGGGACGUUGAUAGAUGAUGCUCGAUAUUUUUUGACCUUUGUUGAUGAUUUUUUUAAGAAAGUCUUAGUAUUUUUCUUGAAGCACAAGUUUGUAGUAUUUGCAAAGUUCAAGACUUAGUAUAUAAAGGUAGAGAAUCAGAUAGGGAGGAAGAUCAAAGUCUUACGAACUCACAAUAGGACAAAAUUUAAGAAUUUUGAAUUUGAUCAAUUUUGUGAUGAGCAUGAUAUUCAAUGUCAUUAUACGGUGAAGAAGACUUUGUAGCAAAAUAGUGUUGCUGAACGGAUGAAUCGCAUGAUUACUGAGAGAGCAUAGUAUUUACAAUUGAAUGCCGACUUACUCAAAGAAUUUUUAGGCGGAAGUUAUGAGUAUGACAUCUUUUUUGGUGAAUAAAACACCAAAUUCUGCUCUUUAUGGGAAAGUUCUUAAAGAGGUAUGGAUUAGAAAUCUUGUUGACUAUUUAAAUGUGCAUAUAUUUAGAUGUUCAGGAUAUGUUCUUACACAUGCUGAUGAGAGAUUGAAGUUAGAUCCAAAGUCGAAGAAUGUAUCUUCUUGGGCUACAACACUAACAUGAAGUGAAGAGAUAUUGAUUUUGGGAUUUAGAGACGAAUAAAAUUAUUUUCAGUAGGGAUAUGAUUUUUGAUGAAGAUCACAUGUUGAAGUCUUUUUUUACAAAACAGAAGGUUCAAAAAUCUAAUGAUAUUUGAGUUGUUAACAAAGGUUAAAGGUAGAGAUUGUGCAAAGUUUUCCUAAUUUUGUUGUGAGUGAAGAUCGAGUUGUAAAAUCAUCAUAUGUUCUUGAUUAUAUUAGUACUAAAUAGAGUAGACAUGAUGUAAGGCUUCCUACUUGUCUUGAUGAUUAUGUUACCUUUGUAUUAUUUGUAAGAGAUGGUGAGCCCACAAUUUUUCAAAAGGUAAUUAGUUGUCUUAAAAAGGAAAAGUGGAUGCAAGCGAUGUCGGAGAAACAAGCAUCUUAGACAAGAACCACACUUAAGAAUUAGUAGAUCUUCUUGCAUGAAAGCGAGUUAUUAGGGUAUAAAUAGAUGUAUAAGAAAAAGUCACUAAUGAUUGAUGGUAAUCAAUCACAAUACAAGACAAAGUUUAUUGUAAAAGACUUUAUAUAAGUAGAGAAUUGAUUAUAUAAAGAUCUUUUCAUCUGUUGUGAAAUACAUGUCUAUUCGUUGUUAACCAUUAUCGUACAUGAAGAUAUAAAACUUGAGUAGUUAGAUGUGAAGACGGCAUUCCUUCAUAGAGAUUCUGAGGAGAUUAUUUACAUGCAAUAGUUAGAGGAUUUCAUUGUGUAGGGGUCAGAAUAUCUUGUUUGUCAACUAAAAAAAUCUUUUUAUAAGUUGAAACAGACAUUAAGACAAUAGUAUAAGAAGUUUGACUCUUAUAUGUUGAAGAUUGAGUAAUAUAUGAGUUGCAAUUUUGACUAUUAUAUUUAUAUGAAGAUAUGUGAUAAUAGUGUUUGUUUAGUUGAGUUUCUCAAAGAAUUAAUUGAAAUUUGCUUCAAAUUAGUUAAGAUCCAUGUUGUUAUAAUAUCUUUGCCAUUAAGCUCGCAAAGAAUUCAGUCUUCCACAAUCGAUCAAAGCACAUAAAGAUUCGUUACCACUAUGUGCAGAGUUGUGAUGAAGAUGGUAAAGUUGAAGUUGUUUAUGUGCCUACUAAUAAACAGUGAGCAGACAUUCUCACAAAGACUCUUGGAAGGGUUAAAUUUUUGAGUUUUUGGGAGCUAAUUGGAGUGAAGGACAUGACGGAACAGCAUCGAGCUUAAGGAGGAGAAUGUUGGAAUUAAUCUUGACGUUGUGAUCUUCGCAAUCAAUCAAGUCAGCCCCGCCUCAAUUCAUGUGUUAUUUUUGAAUUCCUUGUAUUUCUCUUUCCUUUGAAUGAUUCAAUUACAGCCGUCCGUUAUGAAGUUAUAACGACUGUGAUUGCGUCUGAAUGGUAGCGCUUGCAGUAACUGCCUUAACGGCGUUACUGUACAAGGUGUUCGACCUAGUCCUAUAAGAGAAUCAGUUUGAUGACUGAUUUCUUAUGCUAAUUGUUUUUUCAAAUUUAGUUUAAUUGUUCUCGGCGUUCUGCUGUUUCUCCAUUCUUCUUGGGUUCUUGAGUUCUAAAGAAGAGUCGUAAAGUUAGAUUCUUCAGUCUUUCUUCAACCACGUCGUGUAGGAGGCACUGGACCGGGUCAUAAGGAACCGCACCACCGUCAUCGUCGCCCACCGCCUCCGCACCGUCAGGAACGCCGACAACAUCGUCAUCGUCCAACGGGGGCGCAUCGUCGAGCAAGGCACGCCGUCGUCUUCUGCAAUACCUGCAAGGACCGGAUUUCACCGUCGACAGUGCCGGAGUCUGACGUAGGGUCGCACGAGGAGCUACUCAAGGACCCGGAGGGAGCCUACUGCAUGCUCAUCCGCCCGCAGGAGGAGGAGAAGGGGGAGUCGCACGCUGAUCAGAGGAGCAGGUCGUCGAUGGAGAUCCGCCGCAGUCGAGCCAGAUCCGAUGCUCCAUCAGCCUGGUAUCCUCGAGGGGAAACAGCAGCCGCCACUCGUUCUCGGUGCCCUUUGUCGUGCCGGUGGGGCUCGGCAUCUACGACGGUGAGGCGGCUCCCAGGGAGGAGGAGGCGCCGGAGGAGCUCCACGGCGAGCCGUCGUCGGCCGCCCCCUCGCCGCCAUCCGUCUCCCGCCUCGCCGCCAUGAACAAGCCGGAGAUUCCGGUACUGCUGCUGGGGGCGAUCUCCGCGGCGGUGGCCGGCGUCAUCAUGCCGGUGUUCGGGCUAGUGCUGUCCAGAACAAUCGAGACGUUGUACAAGCCGGCGGGCGAUCUGAAGAAGGGCACGAGGUUCUUCGCUCUGAUCUUCACCGUCCUCGGGUUGGUCUCCUUGGUGUCCCUCCCGGCGAUGUCCUACUUCUUCGCGUUGGCGGCGGCCUGGCUGAUCAAGAGGAUCAGGAUGAAAACCUUCGAAAAGGUGGUCAACAUGGAGGUGGCCUGGUUCGACGAGGAGGCAAACUCGAGCGGUGCGCCCGGCGCGAGGCUCUCGGUGGACGCCGCAGCGAUCCGAAGCCUCGUGGGCGACGCGCUCGCCACGGUGGUGCAGAACUUGGCGACCAUGCUGGCCGGCCUGAUCAUCGCCUUCAUGGCUAGCUGGUAGCUCUCCCUCAUCGUCCUCGGCUUGCUGCCGCCCAUCGGUCUCAACAGCUGGGUUCAGAUGAUGUUCAUCAAGGGUUUCGGUGCUGAUUCAAGGGUAAUCUUGAUCAUCAUCAUCAUCAUCAUCAUCAUCAUCAUCAUCAUCAUCAUUUUCUUGUUCUUACGAGUUGAUCGUCAUCUUCCUUUUCUUCUGCCAGAUGACGUACGAGACGGGGAGCCAGAUGGCGAAAGACGCCGUGGGGAGCAUACGGACGCUGGCUACGUUCUCUGCGGAGGAGAAGGUGAUGGAGCUCUACAGGAAGAAGUGCGAGGUUCCGCUGAAUGCAGGGAUCCGGCAGGGCCUGAUUUCCGGCAAUGGCUUCGGGAUCUCCUUCUUCCUCCUCUUCAGCGCAUACGCCAGCAUCCUCUACGCCGGCGCCAAGUUCGUCGAGGACGGCAGCAUCACCUUCUCGGGCGUCUUCCGGGUGACCACCGAUCUCAGCGGCGCCGCCGCCGAGCUUGAGGACCUGGGCCAGUUAUCUGACAAGAUCUUUUCUUUCUUACACUGGAUGCGGCAGGUGUUCCUCGCCCUGGCCUUCGCGGGGAUCGGGUUCUCGCAAUCGAGCGGCAUGGCUCCCGACUCGAGCAAGGCGAGGUCGGCCACCGCCUCCGUCUUCGGCAUUCUCGACCGCAAGUCCAAGAUCGACCCCAGCGAUCUCUCUGGGAAGACGCUGGACGUGGAGGGGAAGAUCCAGUUCCGGCAUGUCAGCUUCUGGUACCCCACGAGGCCCGAGGUUCAGAUCUUCCAGGAUCUCUGCCUGACCAUCCACGCCGGCACGGUACGCCCGCCUCAUUAAUCUUAACCUCAGGAAGAAGUGGAGCUCUCCUCGUUUCGACCGUCAUAUUUGAGGUGGUGAUUCUCUUCUCUUCGGCCUGCGCAGACGGUGGCGCUGGUGGGGGAGAGCGGCUGCGGGAAGUCCACGGCGAUCGCGCUGCUGCAGAGGUUUUACGACCCCCACGCGAGGCAGAUCCUCCUGGACGGAGAGGACAUUCGGAGCUUCCAGCUGCGGUGGUUUCGGCAGCAGAUGGGCUCGGUAAGCCAGGAGCCCGUCCUCUUAAACGACUCCAUCCGCGCCAACAUCGCCUACGGCAAGGACGACGGCGCCUCCGAGGCGGAGAUCAUCGCCGCCGCCGAGGCCGCCAACGCUCACAGGUUCAUCAGCAGCCUCCAGCAGGUGGGUCCCUGCCCCCAUCCUCCUCUUCCUCCACCGUCUCUGUUGGAAGGGCUGCUGCCUUCCUUCUCUGAAGAUUCUCCUUUCAUCUUUCUCCCUGGACGAUCUCUUGCAGGUGUACGAGACGGUGGUGGGGAAGCGGGGGAUCCAGCUUUCGGGGGGACAAAAGCAGAGGGUUGCCAUCGCCCGGGCUAUCGUGAAGGAUCCGAGGAUCCUGCUGCUGGACGAGGCCACCAGCGCCCUCGACGCCGAGUCCGAGCGAGUCGUCCAGGACGCGCUUGACCGGGUCAUGGUCAACCGGACGGUCGUCUUCGUCGCCCACCGGCUGUCCACCAUCAAAGGCGCCGACCUCAUCGUCGUCGUCAAGAACGGGGCCGUCGUCGAGAAGGGCCGCCACGAGACCCUCAUCAACAUCGAGGACGGCGCAUACGCCUCCCUGGUGGAGCUCCAAUCUAGGGUUCCUUCCUAG